UUCUGGGGCGUGACGUCAUCAUGUGACGGUCAGUCUUUACUGUCGGGACUGUACUUAACCUCCGCUGUUUAGUGCAGAUUAACCCGGUCGAAUAACUGUCCUCGAGGACCGGGACCGGUUAGCUCGGCGACGGAGCAGGUUUUCUCUCCUCCUUUAGGUUGGAGUGGUUUCAAAAAAGUUAUUCGUAGAUGUAGUUCAGGAGCAGCAGACGUCGCGAAGUAAACAGAGAUCUGGACAGUUAGCGAGCGAGCAGCUAGCGAGAGGAGAGCGUCCUGAGGUAACGGUAAGACUUCGGAUAAACCCGCAAAAAUGGAGUUAGAGGACGGUGUCCUUUACCAGGAGGACCCAGGCUCCUCGGCGAUGAUGUCCGAGCGGGUGUCCGGCUUGGCGAGCUCCAUCUACCGCGAGUUCGAGCGGAUGAUCGGUAAAUACGACGAAGACGUGGUGAAGGAGCUCAUGCCGCUCGUCGUGGCGGUUCUGGAGAACUUGGACUCGGUGUUCGCGGAGAACCAGGAGCAUGAAGUGGAGCUGGAGCUGCUAAAGGAGGACAACGAGCAACUUAUCACCCAGUACGAGCGGGAGAAAGCGCUGAGGAAGAGCGCCGAGGAGAGAUAUAUUGAGUAUGAGGAUUCUCAAGAGCAGGAAAAGAAAGAUCUUCAGAGCCGUGUGCAGACGCUGGAGGCUCAAACCAGACAGAUGGAGCUCAAGACCAAGAACUGUGCAGACCAGAUCGGAAGAUUAGAGGAGCGUGAAGCCGAGCUGAAGAAAGAAUACAAUGCCCUGCAUCAGAGACACACCGAGAUGAUCCACAGUUACAUGGAGCACUUGGAACGUACCAAAUACCAGCAGAUGACGGGGGAGACCACAGACACUGCGACUCAGGGCAGACUUAGGAAGGAGCGUCCUGUCUCUAUGGGUAUCUUUUCAUUGCCGGGAAGUGAUGUGAAGACUCCUGAUCUGCACCGGGAAGCUGUGGAGGCUCCAGGAACGGACACAUGGAGAUAUAACAAUCUCAGCCACCCACGCUCCAACACCAGCCUUAAGCUGGAGGCGAAUGAAUCCCUCAGGAGAGGGGAUGGUAAGAGUUCACAGGAGAAUUUGGAAACCCAGUGGAGCGACUCCAGUAAGGAUGAACUUUCUGAUGCCGGAAGAGGAGAGUCCAAAUCCAUCACGCCAACGUCUGCAGCGACACCAGACGUAUCGAUGGACAUGCCACGGACCGAGGAGACCGAGGGAUUGGACAGGAACCUGGAGUCGAAACCAGACAGCAGAGCCGAUCAAAGUGAGAAUGCGGAGCGAUCGGAGGUCCAGGCGAUCAUUGAGUCCACUCCAGAGCUGGACAUGGAUCUGAGUGGAUGCCAAGGCUCCAGCACUCCCACUAAAGGCUUCGAGAACAUGGCCUUUGACCGUAACACUGACUCUCUCUUCGAGGAGCUCUCGUCCGCAGGAACCGAUCUCAUAGGAGACGUGGAUGAAGGCGCUGAUCUGCUGGGAAUGGGUCGUGAAGUCGAACACCUGAUCCAUGAGAACACACAGCUACUGGAGACAAAGAACGCUCUGAAUGUGGUGAAGAACGAUCUGAUCGGUCGUGUGGAUGAGCUGGUGUGUGAAAAAGAUGUUCUUCAGGGGGAGCUGGAGGUCCUGAGACAGUCCAAAGACAAACUGGAGGAGAAGAACAGAGAGCUGGAGGAGGAGCUCAAAAAAGUCCGAGCUGAGCUGGAGGAAGCCAAAGUGAAGACGAAAGAGGACGACGAUAGCGACGUGCCGACAGCCCAGAGGAAGCGCUUCACACGGGUGGAGAUGGCCCGGGUCCUGAUGGAGAGAAACCAGUAUAAAGAGAGACUGAUGGAGCUGCAGGAGGCCGUCAGGUGGACGGAGAUGAUCCGAGCAUCGAGAGAGAAUCCGGCUUUGUCCGAGAAGAAAAAGUCCAGUAUCUGGCAGUUUUUCAGCAGGCUCUUCAGCUCUUCAUCCAGCACCACAGCGAAGAAACCCGAUGCGCCGGUUAACAUGAAAUACAACGCACCCACCUCACACGUCGUCCCUUCGGUGAAGAAGAGGAGCAGCACCCUCGCUCAGCUUCCUGGUGACAAAUCCAAAGCCUUUGACUUCCUCAAUGAGGAGGUUGAGGUGGAGAGCGUAGUGUCUCGUAGAGAGCAGAAGAGAGCUCAGUACAGACAGGUGAAGGCUCACGUACAGAAAGAGGACGGCCGGAUGCAGGCGUACGGAUGGAGUUUACCUCCAAAAUACAAGGUUGCAAAUGGUGGACAAGGAGACAAAAACCUGCCAGUGCCCGUCUACCUCCAACCGUUAGAUGAGAAAGAUGCUUCCAUGAAGCUGUGGUGCGCUGCAGGAGUCAAUCUCUCAGGUGGAAAAACACGAGACGGAGGCUCCAUCGUGGGAGCGAGUGUGUUUUAUAAAGAUGUGUCUGGAGGAGCGAGUGGUCCCAUCAUACCCAAGAAGAAGAGAGGAUCACAGAGCAGCCUGGAGCGACUGGAGCAGGAGCUCAAGGAGCAGGAGAAGGAGCUGCGGCAUCACGAUGAGCUCUCCAGCCUGGUGUGGAUCUGCACCACUACACACUCCACCUCUAAAGUCAUAGUCAUCGACGCCAACCAGCCCGGAAACAUCCUGGAGAACUUCUUUGUCUGCAACUCUCACGUGCUGUGCAUCACCAGCGUACCUGGCGCUCGUGAGACGGAUUAUCCUGCAGGAGAGGAGCUGAGCGCAGACGGUGAGGCUUCUAAGGUCAGCUGUACGGCUUCAAACAGCUCCACAGGUUUUGAUGGAGGUCUGGAAGGCAUCACUGUCAUGGGCUGCUCUGCAGAAGGAUCUGUGGCGAUCCCUCAAACCGUCUGCACCAACACCAUAGAGUCCUCAGACACUGAUGAGGUUUUGGCGCAGCGGCAACAGGACGGGGAAACGACAGCAGAAGAAGCUUUGGAGGCCACAGAGAGUAACAGUAACACGCCUGCAGACGAGAGCCAGCCCGGGAUCUACACCGAACAUGUGUUCACCGACCCGCUCGGCGUGCAGAACAGCAGAGACACACCAUCCAGCUACACACAGAGGGAGUGUGAUCUGGUGAAGGACGGCGUCAGCUCGAUGCCCGAGGAGCAGGAUCUCAUGAGAGAGGAAGCCAGUAAGAUGAGCAGCGUUCUGUCUACAAUGUGGCUCGGGGCUCAGAACGGCUGUGUAUACGUGCACUCCUCUGUGGCACAGUGGAGGAAGUGUCUUCACUCCAUCAAGUUAAAGGAUUCUGUCCUGGGGAUUGUUCAUGUGAAAGGACGUGUUCUGGUAGCUUUGGCUGAUGGCACGCUUGCAAUCUUCCACAGAGGUGUCGACGGCCAGUGGGAUUUGACCAACUACCACCUGUUGGAUCUGGGCCGUCCGCAUCACUCCAUCCGCUGCAUGACUGUAGUGCAUGACAAGGUCUGGUGUGGAUACAGGAACAAGAUCUAUGUGGUGCAACCCAAAGCCAUGAAGAUCGAGAAAUCCUUCGACGCUCAUCCUCGUAAGGAGAGUCAGGUGAGGCAGCUGGCUUGGGACGGGGAUGGCAUCUGGGUGUCCAUUCGUCUGGACUCCACCCUCAGACUCUUCCACGCACACACAUACCAGCACCUGCAGGAUGUAGACAUCGAGCCGUACGUCAGCAAGAUGCUGGGCACCGGUAAGCUGGGCUUCUCUUUCGUGAGGAUCACCGCUCUGAUGGUCUCCUGCAGCCGUCUGUGGGUGGGAACCGGAAACGGUGUGAUCAUCUCCAUCCCUCUGUCAGAGAAAAGUAAAGAUGCAGCGACGGCGGGGUCAAAUCAUCCAGGCGGUGCGAUCCGUGUGUACGGUGAUGAGAGCGGAGAUAAAGUCACGACUGGCACAUUUGUGCCCUUCUGCUCCAUGGCUCACGCCCAGCUGUGCUUCCACGGACACAGAGACGCCGUCAAGUUCUUCACCGCUGUCCCAGGGCAGGUGAUUCCAUCAGCGGGGUCAGGGCUCGAGGCGGCCGCUGACAAGUCCUCCGACCCGUCCUCGCCGGAGCUGGGGAAGUCUGUACUGAUCGUGAGCGGAGGAGAGGGUUACAUCGACUUCAGGAUGGGAGAUGAAGGAGGAGACACAGAAAACAUGGAGCCCACUCUGAACCUGCAGCCCUUCCUGGCCAAAGCCGAGCGCAGUCACCUGAUCGUGUGGCAGGUCAUGACCGGCGAGGAGUGACGCGCUCUCUCUACACCUCUUCUUCACCCCUUCUGCUUUAUUUAAGACCUUUCUUAUAGAAAUAAUCACGAUUAUCGACGAAGAAUGAAGUAUUCAUACUGUUUGUGCUUUCACUAAGUUUUCCCGAAGACCUUCGCGCGUGCCGUCUUUGGAAAUACAGCGGUUCCUUCACGCAGUGAUUUUGGGACAGAUGCACGAUGCAGCGAUCUAGAAGAGCAUUUAGGUUUGUUUUCGCUGAAGAAGUGCUUUCUCAAUCCUUAAAUCAUCCAGAAACUCUUGAGCGCAAAUGCAAUAUUUUCAUAUGAAUGUCGCACGGUUACCAAAGGAUAGAGAAAUUGAUUUAAUAGCCUCUUUGAUGAAAACUGUUUUAUCACUCCCCCCGUCAACGUUUUGCUAAUCCGCCGUCUUUUUUAACACUAGAGCGGUUUUCACUGAAAGUAGUGCGUAGAUAAAUGUGCAGAGACGAAUGCUUAUUUUUAUGAGACUUUUGUACAGGUCUUUUAGACUGCAGGCGUGUUGUGCUUGCGUUCGUGCUGAGCUGCUUCGUCUGCAGGACGGCGGAAACAACUUCCUGUCGCAAACUAGCCACUGCAGUAUUUAUUCCUAUGAACGAGCCUUUGCAGUUCAGAAUGUAACUUUGUACAUUGAAUAUAAAUAUAUUCGAAAUCAGAUAUGUAUAUGAAAUGUAGACUGCCUGGAUUUGAGUUUUUUUUUUUUUGAUGAUGUAAAUCAGGUUGAUUGAUUUGAUUGGUUGAUUGUGGGCAGAUCAAUCUUAAUAACAGACUACAGAAAUGUACUUUCACUGAGCUAUGCACUAUUUUUAAAGAACAGCGGGGGGUGUGUGUGUGUGUUGUGUUUAGAUGAGUGUGUUAUGCCAGCAUUUUGUGGACAGGAGGAGUUCACAGUCCCAUAAUCCUCCAUGUUUAGGCACUUCCUGUCUGUAAGAAUGGAGCGGACAUCAGCGCCCCUUCAAUAUUUUCAUCUCCUCUAAGCUCAUCUUUAGCCUUAUACUUUUUAUUAAUCUAUUAAACUGACAUUUUUGGGGAA